UAAAGGCGAUAGGAUAUUGUGUGGGACUGCUUUGGUAAUUACUCCUCAUUUAUUAUAUGUUUCCAGUCCAAAAAAAGAAAGCAAAAUAAUUACUCAUUGGUUAGAUGCAGAUGCUGAUGGUGAUGCAGCAACUAAACAAUUAAAUAAAUAUCCUACUUGGUAGGUUGGAUUUGGUUGUAUCAUUUGUUCGGCAACUUUAGCGUAGGGCGCGGGGGAAGAAGCUAAAGGCGAAAGGGGUUGUGGAAUCAGCUCUCAAUCAUCACUCAUCAUCGUUUACGUCCUUCUUGUGUUACAAUUCUUUGGUAGCUACAUUAUAUAUGGCGGCUGUGUCUGCAAUUUUCAUUUACCCAAUCAAAUCAUGUCGCGGUAUUUCAGUUCCCCAAGCACCUCUUACCCCUACUGGAUUUCGAUGGGACCGUCAAUGGUUGGUUGUCAACUCUAAAGGAAGGGCUUACACUCAGAGAGUCGAGCCUAAGCUUGCUCUCGUCCAGGUCGACCUCCCAAACGAAGCUUUCUUCGAUGACUGGAGCCCUUCUCAAUCCUCUUUUCUUGUCAUUAAAGCUCCUGGGAUGGAUGUCUUAAGGGUUCCCCUUACUCAACCUCAGUAUAAUGCUGAUGGUGUCUCUGUCUGGGAAUGGUCUGGCUCUGCACUCGAUGAGGGAGAUGCUCCAUCAAAGUGGUUUUCAGAUUAUCUUGGAAAACCCAGUCGUUUGGUGCGCUUUAAUCCAGCUUCACAAACAAGGGAAGUAGAUCCCAAUUAUGGUCCUGGACAUCAAAUCAUGUUUUCGGAUGAGUUCCCCUACAUGUUGAUAUCUCAGGGAUCUUUGGAUGCUUUGAAUAAAGUUCUCAAAGAACCCGUAUCAAUUAAUCGCUUUAGACCUAACAUUCUCGUUGAUGGCUGCGAACCAUUCUCCGAGGAUUUGUGGACUGAGAUCGAAAUAGACAAGUUCAUAUUUCAGGGUGUUAGGCUAUGUGCCCGUUGCAAGUUACCUUCAAUAAACCAGGAGACUGGAAUUGCAGGACCUGAGCCGAAUGAAACUCUAAAGAAGAUGAGAUCAGAUACCGUCCUGCGUCCAAACCAUAAACAAAAGGGAAAAAUUUUCUUUGGCCAGAAUUUGGUUUGGAAGAACAUAGCAGCUGAAGGGAAGGGGAAAAUCAUAAAAGUGGGAGAUAAAGUCAAGAUUCUGGGGAAGGUUGCCUCUGUAGCGGAAGCAGUAGUUUGAAUACGUAAGAUUACUAAUUAUUAUACAAUAAGAUUAUGAUAUGGGCUUUUGUUUAUAUAAUAUAUAUUGUAGUAGCCAAAUAUGAAGCAAGUAAGAUGAUACAGUUGUUUGCCCUAUGUUUCCUGUGUGACAUUGAAUAUGAAUAUUAUAUGUAUGAAUAAAAAGGGGUAUGAGUCCCCAUAGUGUAUUACAUCAGUA